AUGGAUGCAGAACACCAUGCAUGGGAAUGGGCUAGGUGGGGACAGGAAACAAAAUUGAGAAGACAGGAGCUUCUUCGGAAUUUAGCCAUAGGGCAAAAUGGUAUGAAAUCUUUCUUCUCUUGCACUCGUACCAAUGACAAAGGCCGAACUGGCUAUUCAGGUGUUUGCUACUUUGCCGUGGGUAAAGUCUGCAUUUUUAAUAAGUACUCUGAAGUUGCAUUGCCAGUUGCAGCAGAGGAAGGCUUCUUACUGGUCUUGUGGAUAGUUCUAGAAAUGGGAAAGAAUGAAAUGCCAGAAGUAGUAGGUCUUGAGGACUUUGACAAAGAUGAGCUUCUUAAGGUUGAUGGCGAGGGCCGGUGUAUUAUAAGCGAUCACGUUCAUUUUGUUCUCUUCAAUUUGCUUGGUCCUCGAGCACCCGAGAGUGAUGAUACCGAUAGGGAUACAAAAAGAUGGGAGAGUCUUUUUGCACAAGGGAAGGAGGAUAUUAAAUUGUUGGUGAUUAUCAAUAUUGCUCUACUUCCAAUGGAUCGUUGUAUGGCAGGUCCUAUUUUGGAGAAAAAUGAGUAA